AUGUCUUCUACGAGACCUAGAAUUGUUACCGCAAAGGCGCCAGUCCUUCCGCAGCAAACUACACCCGAGCAGCGUUAUUGGCGCCAGUACUCAUCGGCACAACUGGUUAAAGAACAUAAUAGUGUUACACAUAUUGCCUUUAAUCCUGUACAUCCACACGAUUUUGCAGUAACUUCUUCUACACGUGUACAGCUUUUUUCCUCGAGGACAAGACAGGUGAUAAAGACUUUCUCCAGAUUCAAGGAUGUUGUCUAUUCCGCAUCUUUUAGAAAUGAUGGUAAGCUUUUAUGUGCUGGUGAUGCCACUGGUUUAGUUUCUGUUUAUGACAGUUAUAACCCUAGAGCUUUACUCGUAUCUAUCAAUGCUUCUACUCAUCCCACACAUGUCACAAAAUUUCAUUCCCAUGAUUCAAAAUCCUUAGUCACAGCGAGCGAUGAUAGAAUUACUAGAGUAUGGGAUAUUUCUCAAUCAUAUGAGCCACAGUUAGAGCUUAAAGGAGCCUCAGACUAUGUUCGUUCAGUAAAUUUCGUUCCAGCGGCUCCACAUUUGGUGAUGACAGGUUCUUACGAUGGUCAUGUUAGAUUAUAUGAUACAAGAGUUAAUGGAGCUGCUCCAGUGUAUUCGCUAGAUCAUGGGGUACCGGUAGAAGACAUUGUAGCUGUUUCCCCAACUCAAGUGGCUUCCUGUGGUGGAUCUAAUUUCAAAGUAUGGGACUUAACAAGUAAUAAAAAAUUGUAUGAGCGCGGUAAUUUCAAUAAGACUGUGACUUGUUUAGAUUAUGUGGAAAGUUCAGACUCUGCUGCGCAAUCCACUUUACUUGCAUCUUCGCUGGAUGGUCACGUCAAAGUAUUUGAUCCUUUGGACAAUUAUCGUGUAAAAUUCGGUUGGAAGUUUUCAGGUGCUGUGCUAAGUUGUGCCCUUUCACCUGGUGAUGCUCAAGGCACUAAGCAUUUGGUUGCAGGUAUGUCAUCUGGUUUAUUAGCUAUUAGAACAAAGGGUAAGAACAAGCAGGCAGAUUCUUUACCUUCUACAGCACCUAGGGCUACAAAGAGUAACAACUACCAAAGAAUGAUGCGUGGUUCAGAAUAUCAAGGUGAUCAAGAAUAUAUUAUCCACAAUGAUAAAUUAAGGCAAACGCAACGUAUACGGGCUUUCGAGAAAAAUAUCAACCAAUUCAAAUGGGCAGAAGCUCUUGACAGUGCAUUUAUUCCAGGUAUGGCUAAAGAAUUAACUUUAACGGUACUACAAGAAUUACGUAAGCGUGGUAAAAUCCGGGUGGCAUUGUAUGGUAGAGAUGAAGCUUCUUUGGAACCUCUACUGAAUUGGUGUUUAAAAGGUAUUGAAGAUGUCCGAUCUGCACCUGUGGUGGCAGAUUGGAUUGCCGUUGUGUUAGAAAUGUACGGUAGCGCAUUAGAAAAUUCUAUUGUCUUGAGGGAAUUGGUGUUGAGUCUAAAGGAUAAAGUUAGACAAGAAGUUUACAAUGCUAAGGAAGCACAAAAGAUUGAAGGUAUGUUACAACUUUUGACUAAUUGA